AUGGAAAAAGUGAAUUCAAUUUUGCACAAGUAUCCCGAUGCAAUUGAGGUUUCUCUGGAUCAUUGUGCACUGAGAACUCUGGACGAAAUUUUAGUAGAUUUGUCCAAACUUAGGCACCUCAAAGUGUUGAGGCUAUCGAACAACAAUCUUCGGACAUUACCAUCUGACAUGAGUGGACUGCAAAAAGUGGAAUACCUUGAUCUGAGAAAUAAUUUGUUUGAGAGUGCUCAAUCCGUUCUAGCUGGGCUUUUCUCUCUUCCCAACCUCAAACAUUUGUACAUUACCCUUGAUGAGAAGGAAGAGGAUGAAAUCAUCAUUUCCUUGUCCAAUUUAGAAUCAUUCAACGGAACUCCCUUAACGGACCUUCCCGAUGUUGAUCCACCAAUGUACUUUUCCUUGGCUGAGGAACCCAAAAGAGAGCCUUCUUCCGUGAUGGUGGAACCAUCUCAAGAGACUCAAGCAGCGAUCCAUGAUCAAGUUGAACCCAAACCAGUUGCCUCUGAAGAUUCAGCAUUGCCCAAAGAGCCCAAACAGACAAAUCAGACUGCUUUAUCCAGUGCAGGUAACAUGGGAGAGGGUAUCGACUCGUCCAAUGACGACUUGAAAGAUCUCAAGAGACUCCACGAUUCUGUUGGACUCUAUCUAGGACAAAGAGCUCCGUUUGAUCCAAACAGCACUCCAAUCCUCAAACAACUCAACAGGUCUAAAGAAACACCACAAGAAAUGUUGAGUUACCAAAUCGAAUUAUUGAAUUGCAAAAAGCAGCUAUUUGACUCGUAUUUUGAGAACGUAAUUGAAAAGAUUUCAGAGUUUGAUAAGAAAGCCUCCAGUAUUCUCAUGAUUGUCAAGAAUUCGUAUUCAGACAUGUGCGAUUCAUACUACUCAAUGAUCAAAACAUUUUCUACUGAUUGUUUCUCAAAAUUAGCGACACUUCAGAAAGAUCUGGAUAGUGCUGAUAAGGAUAUUGCCAACCUUCUUGAGGAAACUGAAUCUCUCCAACAAGUUGCUUCUAAAAGCGAGGAGGCAAAGGCAAAAUUGAUUCGUCAGCACGAAGUAGAGCGAGAACAAUUAUCGGAAGAAAUUGGAGCCUUAAAGCUUGAAAUUGAAAAAUAUAAGAACCGAUUGACCCAAGUCCAAGUUAAUAGACAGCGCCUAUCCAUGCAAGUCUCACAAACACCACAACAAAUUCUUUCUCAAAGUAUGAUAAAACCAAAAGAAACAAAACAAGUCAAGUUAAAACCUCUAAGUCUAAAACAACUAAAAGAAAUUAUUGAAGAAAUCUAUGCUUCAAAGCACAAGUUCGAUCAAAAAUGCCAAGAGAGCAAACUACCAAGAGAAACAAUGGAACAACAUUUGUAUACCUUCUUGAAUCAAAAGUACGGGCUUAAAACCUUAAUUUUUGAAUGGGCUACUGCCAUCAAUUUUGGAGUGAAAAGAUUUUCAAGAGAAGACAAUGAUGUCAAAGUGUUCGGCAAAAUUCUUAAAAACGAAAUUGAUGAGGAAUUCAGAUUUGUCCAAAAGCAGCUAAAGGAUACAACCGCAGAACUAUUGAAGGUAUUUUUGAGAGGAAAAUACAGCAAGAAGGUUGAUCAUGAAAUCUAUCAAAUCAUUCAAAAUAGGUUGAAUGGUGAUCUUAAUGAAGACGAAUGGGUUGAUAUCAUCAAGUACAUGUACAACAAGGAAGACUCUCUCACAGUAAUUAUUCGUGUUAAUGAUGCCAUUCUAGAGCAUCAAAAACUUCAAAUGUCCCUUGGAUCACCUUCAACUUUGAAUAAGAGUUUUGAAAAGAAUACUAGAGUGCCUUACAAGAUAUUCCUAGAAGUAUUGCUUGAUUUCCAACUUGAAUCUCACGAAAAAUUCCUUUCCAAGUUUGUGAAAAUGUUCAGAGAAGUCGACACCAACAAGGAUGGAAUUUUAAAUCAACAUGAAUUGAAGCAAUUAUUAGCAACAAUCAACCCUAACGGAACCGACGAAGAAUUCCAAAAUUUUGUUUCAAUCAUUGAUCCAAACAACAAUCAGCAAAUCACUUUCUCUGAGUGUGUGACUUUCUUGAGCGCUGAUUUGCUCAAGCUGGCUUCCGAAAGCUCGAUGAUUGUCAUGUCAACAGCGUCCACCAAUAAUACCAACAAAUCACAACAAUUGGGAGCCAGUUCUCUUUCCAUUAACGAUUUGUGA